AUGGCAAAAGCUUUCCAGAUUGGCAAGCAGGAAAGUGAUGCGCUGUUCGCCUUAGCAACUGCAGUUCCUGAACCAAUUUGCUCCGAGCUUCAGCAGCUUGUGACAACGCGAGGCAUGAGCAGGUUUUUGAAUCACGAUGUGAUCGGGAAAGGCACUUUCUCAACUGGAUUUUCCAGCGGCAUUGGCCCAGCAGAGAGCUGGAGUGAAGCACUCACAAACCUCCCCGGCGACUUGCAGUUGGCCACUAGGCUAGUAAAGCUCUACCUGGCUCGCUUGGCUGGCGAUCACGACAACACGCCGGCGCCUUUGAGAAAGGCUGUCAGCUUCAAGGAUGCAAUCAAGGUGCACCAGUCUUGCGGAGUCUUCCUGUUUAUGAUGGCCAAGCUUCAGAGCAUUGCUCCAGAGAAAGAGUUUGAGGGCAUGCGCAAUGAUCUACUGAACCAAUUCAAGUGUGGGCUGCUGGACGCUGACCUACUGCAUUGUGUCGACCAGCAAGUGCCAGCCAAUGCGGAGCUGCUUUCGGUCGGCGCCAUGAGGCCUUUUGCCAUGAAGAUUGAGAAGGGCAAGGUGGAGGACAGGGAGAACCAAGCGAAGGAGCUAGAGAAGCAGGUGGCCACAGCAAAUCUAGCUCACGUGAAAGCUAUGAUCGCUGCGGACAUUGAGAUUCUCAGGGCGAAGUUGCCAGGGAAGUCGCAUGUGGCUGCAGAGCACGCGCUCGAUUUGAAAUAUUUGAAGGACCGGAAAGGGCGCAAGUAUGCAGAAGACUUCAUGGCUAAGAAUGUGUUGCUGAUCCCGGUGUCAGAAGACAUGAACACAGCCAUGCCGGCGUAUUGCGUUGCUGCAAUGGAUAUGACUCUGUACCCGGCAGGUGCCAACUACGUGAAGAAUGCCUUUGGGGUUCUGAGCUCCGUCACAGCGAUGAGCCCGUGUCACUGUGGGUUCAUCAUGCUGCCAGUGCUUCAAAAGCAGACAACGGAUGUCGCCAGGAUCAAACAUCGCAGAACCAUUGAGGAUUACCUCAUCAAAAACAACAUGUCGUAUGGUCAGGAGGUUGCAGUGCUCUACAACAAGCCAGACUCCACAAGCAGGGACGGCCGACCUAUGAGAGGAGUUCCUUGUGCUGGCGAAUUGAUGCAGGGGGUUCUCACGGGCAUUGACGUGAAGCCGACCGACAAAGUUGUUUGGUUCGACAUCAUCCCGAACAGGUUAGCAGAGUUUGCGCGUGCUGCCCUGGAGAAUUUGCUGGAUGGUGCGGCGCGCUCCAAGGUUGCCAUGCAGUACGUGGGCUUGGUGAAGGAGGACAAGUUGACCGAGCUGAGAUCGACCUUGGAGAGCCGGAUCUAUGAUCAUUGGGAGACUUGUUUGUAUGACAACAAUGCGGAUUCACCGCCGAAGGAAAGACCCCCUACAUCCACAGCUGCGCCUACCGCAGAAACUAUGGGGUUGAGCUUGGUUGCCCUCACGCGUGGCAAACCAACUUUUCCACUGUCAGUUCUCCUGGGACGCUUCCAGAAUGAUUCGCCGGAGCAAGAGGAGGUCAAGCAGCUGCAAAAGCAAUUUUUGGAGGAGUUUGGUGAAGCUGGCGACCCUACCGCCAGGACUACCACCCCCAGCCGCGCGCAUGGUGUUUGCGAUUACACUGUCGAUGAAGGUUUGAAGCCCCUGGACACGUCUCGCACUGUGAAUCUCACCGCGAUCCCAGUGGCAAGCUUCACCGGAGAGAGGCUUGGUGCGCUUCCUGGCCGGGCGGGGAAGCCGACGCUGGCGUUGGACAAGGACUUUCACCUUUGGCUCGUCAACAGCAGCAAUGAGGAGAUGGAGGUCACGGCUGGAGAAUUGUUUGGCUUUGGGACGGGGUCCUACAACACACAAGUGGUUACACGUGAAGCAGAGGAGACAAAUGGACUUGCCUGGAGGUUGAGUUCAGACCGAGCCCUCGUGGUUUUUGAGAAAGAGCCAAUGGCAUUGUGCGAGCUUCUUCGGAAGUUGACUGUGGAGAAUGGCCUUGCAGACAUGAAUGUGGAGUACCACGCGAUGACGCCGAAGAUGUGGGAGCUUUCUUCGCUGACGUCUCAGAAGACUUGCAUUUUCAAGCCCAACGCCUUGGGAGACGGGGCGGAGGUCAAGAAGGUCCAAUCCAUGUCAAGUCCGCCAAAGGUUAUGCCACUGAAGCCAAAGUUUUAUUUGCUGGCCACUCUGAAGGUUCCAGCUGUAUCGUGCGUUGACUUAACAGCCGCGGCCACUGUGUGA